AUGUCAGAGAACUACACGACGGCCCGCUAUCGUAUGUUGCUCAUCUCAGCCAUACGGAAAGACAUUAAUCUGCGAACACGUGUGCUGAUGUCAGAGAACUACACGACGGCCCGCUAUCGUAUGCUACUCAUCUCGGCUAUACGGAAAGACAUUAGUGAUGAGUUCAAGCAGCUUCUCGAACUGCAAAUGAAAAUAAAGUUUGGCGAAUACGAUGAUGCCAUAAACUAUCUGAAUGAAGUAAUGCGCGACAACCGUGAUUUCAUUUACAAAGUUAUCGAGAUGGUUGCGGAUGAUUAUACUCAGAGAGGCGUGGAGAAUAUGGAGGGGUUCGGAUGUUUUUUCCAACACUAUGAGAUGGAUCAAGGUGUAGCAUUGUUCAAAAAAGCGGCUGACUCCAACCCAGCAAAAGCUAGUCCGAUACUACUUGCUUUUCUAGCUAUGCGUCCUCAAGCUUUCAAUGCUAUUUCGGGAUUCUUAAUGGAAACAUUACGGAAGUCCACAGAGCCUCCUCACGGCUUAGUGUCAUUCGGGAAUUCGCUGCUGACAAUGAAUUUUGGGAACUUGAUGCCGGACGAUAUCCUUUUUGUUUGCGAUUCAAUUCUUCGGUCGGCAUUUCGUGACUCGCUCGGCAACGUGGCUGGAGAUAAUAAAGACAGCAGGAAGAGGUAUGACCGUAAUGCUAACAAAUUCAUCAGCCUCACCUAUCCCUUCUUUGCUGCUGUAAGUGCCAAACUAGGACUUCCCAUAUUUGGAGCAAAGUUAGUUCUCUAAUC